AUGAUCUCCAGCUUGGGAGCUACCUUAAAUCCGGAGGCACUGAUCAAUUCGUGGCAGUUGGUGGUAGCCGGGAGCUUCACGGUUGCUCUUUCGGGAACCGUUGCGUGGGUAGUCGGGCGAGUUUUCUUCCGGAGGCCUGAAGAUCGCCGCGCCUUCCGUCCCGCUGGGCUGGCAAUCACGUUCGCGAACUCAGCGGGGUUUCCGCUCCUGCUGAUGAACGCUUUGUGCGAGCAAGACUACGUCAGAAGUGAUUACAAUGACGACGCGGUGGAGUGCUUCACACAAGCAACGGGCAUGAUCUUCAUCUACGUGAUCGUCUGGCAGAUGUACUUUUUUGGAUGGGGAUUCUAUGCCCUAGGGCACGACGACACGUUGGAGCGUAGCCUCACCGGACAGCGGACCAGGACACAAACACCGUCAACCAAAACAUGUGCUGCCGCAAGAGCUACGUCCUCGACGCCAUCGGCGCGACAAGAGCACGGCGGAAUCGGCCGCAUCAACGCGGCGGAAUCAGUGGCCAUCGACAUCGAGGCGUGCACGGGAGAAGAAAAUAGCGGCGAGGGGACGACGAAUGCUGGUGGCAUGGGGGGCGGUGGCGAUGUUAGCGAGGGAGAUCGGUGGACGGGAUUCAAAGAGCGGGUCUCGCGUGUUCUGGUGUCGCCAAACAUCAUCUCCGUCACGAUCGGUGUGGUUAUCGCUAUGAUUGCCCCGCUGCAAGAGAUGCUUUUCGACAACCCGCGGUCGAUACUGCGGCCGCUGGGAGCCGCUCUUCAGACGGUGGGGACACCCGAGGUGGCGGUGUCAACGCUGGUGAUGGCCGGCAGCCUGGCGCAGGUUCCCACCGUGGCGGCGGCAUCAGCGGCGGCAACACAAGGGGGACAGGCUGACGACGACGGCGCCGUGCGGAGAUGGCGUCGAUUCCGAAUCCUCGUGGGCUUCCUGCACGUGGUUUGCCGCCUCAUCGUGGUACCUGCCAUCGGGUUCACCGUUUUUUGGGUGGCAAGGACACGAAGCUCGGUGAUGGGGGAAAACCGCCUGAUGCACCUGCUCCUGCUCAUCGAGUUCGCCAUGCCGUCGGCGGCGUUUGUGAUCGUGUCCCUGAACCAGCUACGGAUGCCGGCGACCGCAGGCUUCAUGGCCCGGCUGUACCUGUGGCAGUACGGGGCGUCGAUGCUUACGAUCACCGCGUGGACGGCGUUGGCCGUACACCUCGUGUACUGA